AUGGACGCCGCUCCGAAGUUAGAAAACUUACGGAAGAUAAGCUCCCAGCGUCUUCCGCCCCCUGUUCUCUUUCAGGGUCCCCCUUCGCAUAAUGCAUCUAAUCUCUCUUUGAACCCGCCCCUGCCAGCUGUAUCUUCGCCGGGGGGAAGCCAGACGGUUCCUUUGCAACGCAAUCGCCCUUCUCGAACCCAGGGCUCUUUCGACGCGACUUCCUUAUCGCCAUUUGUUUCUCGCACUCAAUCUAGAGGUGAAGUCGAUCGAUCCGAAGCCAUAUGGCAGGAGAUGCAAAAUGCCCUAUCGGAGGUCGAGCUCAGCGCAGUGACCAGCGAGCAUGUGUUCGGGGAGAGACACUCAGAGGCACUAGAAGAUCUCCGUAUGAAGCAACUGAAACUCGCGCAAGCCUGGGCCCGCAGUGAGGCCGACGAAGUAGUCGAAGCUGCCAAGGGUUUGGAGUCCAAAGGGAUAUCUUCUUCGCGGCGAGGGUCCCAAAACGUUGGACCCACCGGCGAAAGAGUCCAGAUGGAAGCUUCCGUUCAUGGGAAUAUGGACGAGGAAACAGAAAGAGACAUUCUGUUAGCCCGAGAAAGGCGAGAGGCCAACGAUCGGUACUUCGAUCGGGUCAACAAUGGUGUCUUGGAAGUGGUUGCCAAACUUGAAGAAGUUGCACAGGCUAUGCGCGCAGUUGAGAGGGAGAGCAAAGACAUCUGGAGCGAUAAUGAGAGCAUUGAUACAACACAUUCGGCGGCAAACACCAGUUGA